UCUUCAGUGUGCGAGGUAGCGGACCAGUAGGGCUCACUGGUCGGGCAGUGGCGUGAAGUGCAAGUUUCCCAGGAUAAUUUGAUCGAUAUGUUCGAUAUAAACACCAAUUAGCACACCACUAACAAUAAGAUCAACGAAGUUCAUGCGUGUGUGGUUUAUAACCUCUACUGUCACCAACGACCGUUUAAACAACAAAUAUUAUUUAAAGUGACGGCUGACUGCGAGGCGCGUCCAGUCAGGCUUGGGCUACGCUGCCACAGUGCACAGAGCUGCGUUAGUGUGAGUGUGGCAGGCUGAGGGUGCGACGCUGUGCUCUGCUCCACGUUACAUAAGAGCUAAGGACGGUGGAGGCGUAGCAGGAGGUAGUGUGAGGGAGUCAUGACUGAGGCCUGGGAGACGAGCCAGCUCAACGGCGAGGCAGGGGGCACGCAGCCCAACACUCGCAAUUCCCGUGAAAAUGAGGACGACGACCAACGGUCCUCCUGCUGCUGCGGCGCCUGUGGCCCACCCUGUACUACCUGCUGCGGGAUAUUCAUGAAGUAUACUGUGGGGAGGGCACUGCAGCUCGUCUUCUAUGUGUUAGAUAUUAUUACUGAUGUGGGCGUGGCCAUGGCUGACUACCACAGCGGAGAUGUGGUCUUCGCCUCCAUCACCAUAGGGCUUGUGUUUGCCCCAGGCUUUCUUUUUGCCCUAUUCGCCUUCACAGAGGUCCUCACUACCCACACGGGGAUUCUGGCAUGCCUCAAGGCUCCACUCUGGCUCAUCAGUUUCCCUAUCCUGCCUCUCUGGCCUGUUGCCAGAGAUGUGCACCAGAUCUACCAUGGGGCUAUGGCCCUUAUCCCUAGCAAGCGUGCCCACCACCUCAAGUACUUAAACCGCCCAAGUCGUGCUUAUCUCCUCAAGUUCCUGGAGGCCUUCACCGAGGCAGCCCCUCAAAUACUUCUCCGCCUCUACAAGAUCACACUCAGAAGACAGGAGCUCCCAUUCUCUCAAAUAGAAACAAUAGAGGCGGUGCAGUUGUCCUUCUCAAUGGUAACCCUCGCCUCAAAGGUCAUCUCCACCUAUCAGAAGAAUGUUACAACCAAUCAGAUUAUUAAUGGUGACAUGGAAGAAAAUGAGCGCUUUAAGCUUCCCUGCCUUCUUCAGAUAAUGGCAUUUUUGUGGUGGGUGUCAUUCCUUGUGGCCAGGUUUGAGGUUUUGGCACUCUUUGCUGGUUCUCUCAAAUGGUGGAUCAUCUUGGUUAUUGGCAGCCAUGUUGUGCUGGUGUUCCUCUUCCAGACAGUUGCUGCUGGCAAGAACAAAGUCAGGAGGAUAUUCAUAUAUCUCUUCAGUGCUUUUGUCUUCAUCUUUGCCUACUUAGAGUUUAAUAUGAAAGCUCGAUUAAAGGUGGCACCAUGGUUCCCCUACACUCUUUACUCUAUUUUACUGUUCAUCGAAAACUCUGUCAUGUUGGUGGUAUGGUACUUCACACAGCAGAAUGCCACUUCGAACUUCACUCCAACAGAACGAGAGAUUUUCACCACACAUCGAGAAAAUCUUAUAUUUAUUCACUAUGGAGCUUUUUGCUUUGGGCUUCUAAUGAUGAUCAUGACAUUUUGUUGUGCUUCUAAAGUUUCCCGAGACAUUGACACAAAUGAUGAAGGAGAGAUGAGGACUAUAUAGAGAACUUGAAACUAUAAAUCAGAUAGACUGAAGGCUGAGAACUAUAUAGAUCUUGGGCCUCUGAUUUUAAGAAGACAGUAACCCUCACACCAUGCAGAUUCAGGGGGUUACAGAUGCAUACAGGUUGUGGACACUGUAAUAUCCAUGUGCACUGGUAUAUAUGUCUUUAAAUUACUGUACAGUUAACCCUCACUUUACGCGGUCCCACAUUCCGCGUUUCCACGUUUACGCGGUGCCCUGCCGGA